CUUUCAAGUUAAUAAGAAACAUAGGUGUUUGGAAAUUGAUCUGGAUGGGUUGUACAAGACGAUGCUGCUCCUUAAGAAGAAAAAGUAUGCGGCUGUCAAAUUGCAAUUCAGGGAUGGAAAACCAUAUGAGGUAUCUUUAGUAACCUUCUUGAAGAUAUUAUGAGAGAGAGGAGAAUGUAGAAGUUAAGGAGAAUAAAGAAAAUGAAAGAGAUAUUGAGGAGGAAGUUUCAGAAGCUGCUAAAGGAAUUGAGUUUGGGAAGGUGAAAUUAGCUGCUUCUAGUGAUGAUGUAUCUAAUAAGAAGAAGAAGAGGAGAUUGUCGAAGGAGAAGGAGCUACAAAGAGCUCAGAAGCUGGAAGAGGCAAUGAAGGAUCCGGAAAAGGGUGGUGAGUUGGCAAAGCAGCACUCUUGGAAGUCAGCAAUGGAGAGGACAAUGGGAAAUAAAGUGCAUGAUGGAUUUGCUAAUGGACCUGUUUACUUCCCGGCAAAUUCAUGGAUUCACUCCUGUAAUGACAAUCCUGAGAGCAGAAUUAUCUUCAGAAAUCAUACAUACUUACCAGCACAAACACCGCCUGGGAUAAAAGAUCUACGAAGGGAGGACUUGCUCAGUCGUCGUGGUGAUGGGAAAGAAGAAAGGAGGUUACAUGAGAUGAUUUAUAAUUAUGCUCCAUAUAAUGAUUUGGGAAAUCCUGAUAAAGAUGAUGACCUCUUUAGGCCUGUUCUUGCUGGCUCUAAACGACCUUAUCCAAGGCGUUGUCGCACUGGAAGGCCACCUAUGAAAUCUGGUAUAGCUGCUCUCCCCCAUCCAUAUACUGCAUUAGUGUUUGUAAGUUUAAGUGACAAGCAAUAUGUCUGGUAGCAUUUAAUCAGUAGCAAUCCAGUUUAAUAAGGAUUGGACAAACAAUCUAUGCAUUUGGGACCAUUUGAUAAGUAAAUCGGUUCAAUAAGAGAACAGGUCCUGUGUGGAUAUAGAUAAUAAGGCUUGGAUUAUGGAUGAAUUAGCUUUUCCAACUUUAAACACUCAAAUAUCUGGUACUUUUUUUUCUUGAAUUUGAUUGUUCUGUAUUGGAAAUUCAUGCCGAGUAGAAUUGAGAAACCUCAUCCAGUAUAUGUUCCUCGUGAUGAAGCUUUCGAGGAGAUGAAGUAGGCAACAUUUGCUACUGGAAGACUGAAAGCUAUUUUACACAAUUUAGUGCCUCAGAUUGCUUCUGCUUUGGCUAGUUCGGAUAUCUCAUUCAUCUGCUUUUCUGAUAUGCUAUGGAGAUCAGCUUUGCUGCCUACAAAAGUAUGUGGCGGUUUGACAUGGAGGCACUGCCAGCUGAUCUACUUCGAAGGGGAAUGGCAGAAGAGGAUCCCACAGCACCCUAUGGAGUGAAACUGGUGAUUGAAGACUACCCUUAUGCUGCUGAUGGCCUUCUCAUAUGGUCUGCCAUAAACGAAUUUAUAUGUUUUUCUUUUUUGUUUUUUUUUUUAUUUUUUUUCAGUUUUUUAA